AUGAGUUCGUGGAAUUAUGGAGAAUCUUCUUCGUCUAAUCCAAUCGAUGACGAACCUAUCAUUCCAGACAUUGUCGAAGAGUUUACUUCCGAUGAUUUUUAUGAAGACAAUGCAGACGAUCAAGUAAUUGUCCCGAUUCCUCCUAUGGAUUACAAUCCCUAUGGGGAAGUCGAACUACAAGAACGCAUGCAAUUCGAUUCUAAAGAGGCAACGGUCUCUGCCAUCAAACAUUAUCACAUCACUAAUGGAUACAGCUUCAAUGUGGUAGAAUCAAAAUCGCAUCUUUAUGUUGCACGAUGCAUUCAUUACAACAAUGGAUGUCAAUGGCGUUUGAGGGCUAGUUAUAGUAAAAUCCGACAUCAUUGGGAAAUCAAGUCCAUUGAUGGUACACAUACGUGUUUCUCUACAUUAAUGUCACAAGAUCACUGCAAUCUAGAUUCGACCCAAAUUGCUUCCAUUGUUUUUCAUUUGGUCCGCACAAAUCCAAGCAUUCGCAUCAAAAGCUUGGUCGCUGACAUCAAAAGUCGUUACGGAUACACAGUCACAUAUAGAAGAGCAUGGAUUGCGAAGGAGAAAGCAAUUACAAUGGAGUAUGGUGAUUGGGACCAAUCUUAUAAUGAAGUUCCCAUAUGGUUACUAGUUGCCCAACAAACCAAUCCUGAGACAAUUUUUCAACUUUUCGGUCCUCCAGUUAAUAUUGAUGCUGAGGAUGGAAGUUCCACAUACAUUAUGGAACGCAGAUAUCAUGCCACCUUGCUAACUGCAAUUGCUCAGGAUGGAAAUAGAAACAUAUUUCCUUUGGCAUUUGCAAUAGUAGAAGCUUAUGAAGUCAAACAACCUACCGUGCAAGCAAAACUUUCAGUUAUGAGGUCCCAAUUCCCACAAGCACUAGCUUGGAUUGAUAAAAUCCCCUUACAUAAGUGGUCUCAGGCUUAUGAUGGGGGGCGCAGGUACACGCACAUGACAACAAACUUGGCGGAGUGCAUGAACUCUGUGCUUAAGGGGGCUCGCUCAUUACUUAUUUGUGCACUAUUGAAAAUUACAUUUCAAAACAUAAAUGCUUGGUUUGUUGAACGCGGCUUAAAGGCAGACUCUAUGUUAAGAGCUGGCCAUCAAUAUCUAGAAGAUGUCACAGCCUUGCUCCAACAAAAUCAACAGAAAUAUGCAUAUUGUCAUGUUCAACGCUACGAUUGA